AUGAUUGACAGCGGAUCAAACAUAAGUUUGAUGUCGAAAGCUACAGUGAAACGACUCGGUUUAGAAGGUCCAGAACUUCACAUGACUAUGAACUUAGCCGGAGGUAAACAAAAAUCCGAAACGUCACAACAAAUCGAGAUAUCCCUAGCACCAAUUAACGACGACCAAAUAAUAAAAACUGUGCAUGUCCUUACCGUACAGAAACCCUGUAGUGCUGCAAAGUGGAUAUCAAAAGCUGCGGUAAAAAAUUAUCCUCACCUAGAGAGUAUUGUUGAUAAAUUACACCUUAAUGGUGGAUCGAUUGAUUUACUAAUUGGUACAGAUUUUCCUGCAGCCUUUGUUGACAUUCAUAUUAAACAAAGUGAGCUUGGAGGACCAAUCGCCAAACGAAAUUGCUUCGGUUG